AUGAGAAAAACAGAUUCAACUAUAAAUAGUAUAUUAGAUAAAUACGAUUUUGGCAACAAAGAACAACAAGAUUUUAAACAAGCACAGUCAUAUAUCAAAAGUGAACCAUUAUUAAAUCAAAAUAAGCAUGCAAGAGAUAUUUAUAAUUCCAAACCAUGGGAUGGCUCAGAAUCAACUCAUGACUCCAAUUUAAGAAUGAUCAUAGACACAACCCCUAAACCAAUGAAUGAUCCGAUGAGUACUUUUAAAGCAAAACGUAAAAGGUCGUCAAAUGAUAGAUUAUCAACUGCAAAAGACAUAAGUUUAGAUUACAAACUUAAUAAAUCACCAGAGGAUAAAGAAAAAGAAAAAUUUAGAGAAAUGUACAGAGAAAAACUUUUAGGUCCUUCAAUGUUUUUGAAUAAAUCUUCAUUAUCUUCUAUAGAUUUUGUCGGUUCAUUAGCAGGUAACAAGAUAAAUGCUUCAAUAAAUCAACAAACUGGAAAGUUUGAUUCACCAGAAAUGAAUAAUGUUAGAGGUAAACCAUUAAGUAAAGAACACUUGAAAAAUUGUACUGAUACCAACUAUUUUAUGAAUCAAGUGUUGAAUAAACAAGAUAUUUUACCUCCAUGGAUUGAGAACCAACAGAGCCUAGGAAAAACAAUUGUUGCAUUUAGGGCAAAUUUGGACGAAAUGUGGUUCAAAUGGAUUUUAAAUGAUUCAAUAAUGCAAAAUAUUGUGAAUCGAGCUAGUACGGUUGAUGAGAUAUUGGAUUAUUAUGAGAUUAAUAUUUCCAAAAUUACAAUGGAAGAUAAUUCAUUGAGUGAUUCUGAUUUAAACUACAUUGAUGCUAAAGUGAAUUUACUAAACUCGGAAAUUAGACAUUAUAAUUUACAAUGUCCAAGUUUAAUAGGUCACAAGCACAAAUUAAAUAAAGACAAAGAAAUCAAAGAUUCAUAUUGGAGAACAUUAGAAAACUUCUCAUCAUUAAUUAUUCCAUGGUUUAAUAUUCACAAAAAAGCUAAGAGAAAUUCAAGAUUAGUUGAUAGGAAUAAAUUAAGUGGACCAAAUAAAGUUUUAAAAGCUUUAAGUCUCAAAGGAUCACCUGAAAUUCAUGUAAAUACAGAAAUAGAUACCAAGUUGCAUUUAUGGCAAGCUGUAAAAGAUAUAUUCAAAAAAGAUCAAAAAAGAAGUAAAUAG